UCAGGCAUGGCGUAUGCUCUACUAGCUGCUGUUCCUGUUGGAUAUGGUAUCUACUCUGCUUUUUUUCCUAUCCUGACAUACUUUAUCUUCGGAACAUCAAGACACAUCUCAGUUGGACCUUUCCCAGUGGUCAGUUUAAUGGUGGGAUCUGUUGUUCUGAGCUUGGCCCCCGACGAACACUUUCUCGUGUCCAGCAGUAAUGGAACUACACUGAAUACCACCAUGAUAGACUCUGCAGCUAGAGAUGCAGCAAGAGUAUUGAUUGCGAGCACCCUUACUCUUUUGGUUGGAAUCAUACAGUUGAUAUUUGGAAGUUUGCAGAUUGGAUUCAUAGUGAGGUACCUGGCAGAUCCUUUGGUUGGUGGAUUCACAACAGCUGCUGCCUUCCAAGUGUUGGUCUCACAGCUAAAGAUUGUCCUCAAUGUUUCAACCAAAAACUAUAAUGGAAUUCUCUCCAUUAUCUAUACUCUAAUUGAGAUUUUUCAAAAUAUUGGUAACACUAAUCUUGCUGAUUUCAUUGCUGGAUUACUCACCAUUAUCAUCUGUAUGGCAGUUAAGGAAUUAAAUGAUCGAUUUAAACACAAAAUCCCAGUCCCUAUUCCUAUAGAAGUGAUUGUGACAAUAAUAGCUACUGCCAUUUCAUAUGGAGUUGACCUGGAAAAAAACUAUAACGCUGGCAUUGUUAAGUCCAUCCCAAGUGGGUUUUUGCCUCCGGUGAUUCCAUCUGUGAGUUUGUUUUCUGAGAUGCUGACUGCAUCAUUUUCCAUCGCUGUGGUCGCUUAUGCCAUCGCAGUGUCUGUAGGAAAAGUAUACGCCAUCAAGUAUGAUUACACCAUCGAUGGGAACCAGGAAUUCAUUGCCUUUGGGAUCAGCAACAUCUUCUCUGGAUUCUUCUCUUGUUUUGUGGCCACCACUGCCCUGUCCCGCACCGCCGUCCAGGAGAGCACUGGGGGAAAGACACAGGUUGCCGGCAUCAUCUCGGCUGGGAUUGUGAUGAUUGCCAUCGUUGCCCUGGGGAAGUUGUUGGAACCCUUGCAAAAGUCGGUCUUGGCAGCUGUUGUAAUCGCCAACCUGAAGGGGAUGUUUAUGCAGGUGUGUGACAUUCCCCGUCUGUGGAGGCAGAACAAGACUGAUGCUGUUAUCUGGGUGUUUACGUGCGUAGCAUCCAUCAUUCUGGGGCUGGACCUCGGUUUACUAGCUGGCCUUAUAUUUGGAUUUCUGACUGUGGUCCUGAGAGUUCAAUUUCCCUCAUGGAACAGCCUUGGAAGUAUCCCUAGCACAGACAUCUACAAAAGUACUAAGAAUUACAAAAACAUUGAAGAACCUGAAGGAGUGAAGAUUCUGAGAUUUUCUAGUCCUAUUUUUUACGGGAAUGUUGACGGUUUAAAAAAAUGUAUCAAGUCCACAGUUGGAUUUGAUGCCAUUAGAGUGUAUAAUAAGAGGUUGAAAGCACUGAGGAAAAUACAGAAACUCAUCAAGAAAGGGCAAUUAAGAGCAACAAAGAAUGGCAUUAUAAGUGAUGCUGGUUCAUUGAAUAAUGCUUUUGAGCCUGAUGAAGACAUUGAAAAUCCAGAAGAAUUUGAUAUUCCAACCAAGGAAAUAGAGAUUCAAGUGGAUUGGAAUGCUGAGCUUCCAGUCAAAGUGAAUGUUCCUAAAGUGCCAAUCCAUAGCCUCGUGCUUGACUGUGGAGCGGUCUCUUUCCUGGAUGUUGUUGGAGUGAGAUCAUUGCGUGUGAUUGUCAAAGAAUUCCACAGAAUUGAUGUAAAUGUGUACUUUGCAUCACUUCAAGAUCAUGUGAUAGAAAAGCUGGAGAAAUGUGGUUUCUUUAAUGAUAACAUCAGAAAGGACAUAUUCUUUUUGACUGUCCACGAUGCUGUCCUCCAUCUCCAGAACCAGGUGAAAUCCCAAGAGGUUCAAGAUUCCAUUUUAGAAACGAUCACCCUCAUCCGAGACUGUAAAGAUCCUCUUGAAUUAAUGGAAGCAGAGCUGAUUGAAGAAGAACUUGAUGUCCAAGAUGAGGCUAUGCGAAGACUUGCUUCCUGAAACUGGGCUCAGGAGGUCGCUCUAAGCCAGGACUGCAAGGCAAAUUUUACCCACCAUGUAAUUCUAUGCAAAUAUUUUCUGCAUUGACUAUUUUCUUCAAACUUGAAACACUCAUUCUUUUCUAUUAGACUUUUUUAAAUCUUUGAUUUUUUUUAACCUCUUAACCACUGAAAGAAAAGCACUAAGAUUGCUUCUAGGCUUUAUUUAUAAAAUGAGUGGCUUACCUCUAAAAUGUGCAAAAUGGUGAAGAAGAAAAUUUAGUAAUGUCCAGGAUCUGAGGAUAUUACACUGCUGUCCCCCACGACAGAUCUGCUGACAAUGUUCAUGUGGGUACACGUGUACCUCUGUGCAACUGGGGCAAGUGUCACCCAACACAGCCUCUGCGGGCAGGCAGGUGAGGCAGGAAUGAUUAUCCUAUAGAAAAAUCUAUUUCUGACUGACCUUGAUACCCAUGAGCUAAACUGAUCACAGUGAG